UGCACAAGGAAGGAACAACAUUUGGGUCUCUCACACUGUCUUCUCCAUUUCUAUUCUACUUUAAUGCUUUUCAGAACUAGCUUUACUUCUUUAUACCCACUUGUCCUCACUCUCUCUCUCUCAAUAAUAUAUAUUGUCCUCUGUCUAUAAAACCUCAGAACAUCUUUUCUUUCUUCACCUGAUCAUAAACCCAACUACUACUUUUGAAAAUGGCUAUUGAUUCUAGUAAUGAGAAAUGGGUACCUCCCAAUUCUCCUGAAAAUGAAGUACAAGAUGAAGAAGAAGAGGAAGAAGAAGCAUUGUCUCUAUGUGAUCUUCCCAUCAAUGAAGAGAAGCAAUCAAGAAAACAAGAAUCCAAACCCGCCCAACCCGAAGAAGAUUUCGAUUUCAGCUCAUUGGGUGGUGGCUCUGUCUUGACGGAAUCCGAGAUGUGUGUAGCAGAUGAGGUUUUUUUCCGAGGCCAAAUUCUUCCUUUCCGCCACUCCAUUAGCUCCGAACCCGGGUUGAGUCUAUCCGGGUCUCGGAACUCCUGCCGGAACCCGAGCGGGAGCGUUUCUAGGUCGGAGUCCAUGGAUCAUUACUACUCGGGUGGUGGGUUCACUAGUUUCAGCAGCAGAAGUAGCAGUGUUAGAAGUUACCAUUCAUCAAGCAGUGGGAGUACUUCCACCAUUCCCACCACAAAGUCCACCACUCACAACAAGCCUCCUAAACCCAGAAACCAAUUCCAUUCCCACCCUAGCCCGACUCCCCGGAUCCGGGUUUCCGGUCCUCGACCCGGGAACGUUCCCCGAUCGAAAUCCACUGCAUGGAGCUUUUUCAAGGUGGGUUUGGUCAGAACCCCGGAGAUUGAAUUGCAAGAUCUCAAAUUCCGUGGCAUUAACAACAUUGGAAGUCGCAACAAUAGUAGAAAUAGCAACAGCAACAGCAACAGCAACGACAACGACAACGAAAACGAGUCAAAGAUCCGAAAGAAAAAGAAGCAAUUACGGUUGUUUGAUAGAAAUGGGGGUGCCUUGUUUGGUGGUUGCAAAUGUUCAGUUAAUAGUACAGUUGAUCAAACAGUUCAUCAAUAUCCGAAAUAUUCAAGAAUUGUGCUGAGGAAAAGCAAGAGUGUCAAUGAGAUAAGUUCUAGUGAAAAAAUUGUCGAACAAGAGAUCAAAGAAGAGACAAUGAAGAAGACAAAGCAAGCGAUGUCACGUCAUCGAACGUUUGAAUGGUUAAAGGAGCUUUCACUUUCUGGCAUAGGUGUCCCAGUUGAGGCAUAGAUUAAAGGACAAUAUAUGCGCGCAUGCUUGUUGUUCUUGUUAUUAUUGUUAUUAUUAUUCAGUAAGUACUUUUUGGUAUGUGAAUGCUUUUUGUUUUAAUUUGAA